AUGGCUUCAUCAUCGUAUAACCCCAAUCCUACGGUCAUUAAGCUUUCAUCGCGGAAACAACAAUCUGUCCAUAACACCCGCUCCCUUUGGGGCGGCGAGGGAGAAGACGACGGCUAUGGUACUCCGGAGGAAGUCGAGCUCAUCGACCAAGAUGAAGUGUUCGACUUGAUACGUUCCAUCAGUGAUCCCGAACAUCCAUCUAUGACGCUCGAACAGCUCGCCGUUGUUUCUGCACCACAAAUUACCAUUCUUCACGAUAAGAAUUCCUGCCUUGUGGAGUUCACGCCCACUGUGCCGCAUUGCGGGAUGUCAACACUCAUCGGAUUAUCCAUCCGUGUACGCCUGAUGCGUAGUCUUCCGAACCGGUUCAAGAUAGACAUCAAAGUAAAACCCGGGUCUCAUCAGAGCGAGCUCGCAGUAAACAAACAGCUAAACGACAAGGAACGAGUCGCUGCCGCUCUGGAGAAUCCCGCUUUGACUGAGGUUUUGGAGAACUGCUUGGCCAGUGCCGGUCGCCGCGGUCAGUCACCAGAUAUGCAGUGA